UUCAAACAAUCGAGUCCAUUUCCUCCAAACUGCUUAAGAUCUCAGAAGCAAGAAAAUGGAGGAGGAGAAAGCCCCUUUGCAACAAGCAGAAUCAAAAGCAGAAGCAGAAGUAAAAUCAGAAGCACCGCUUGCGAGUAGCGGAGGAGGAGGAGGAUGGGGCGGAGGCUGGGGAUUCUCCUCCGUUUUCUCAGAUCUUCAGAAAGCAGCCGAAGAGAUCUCUCGCAACGCUGCGGCGGCGGCUCAGACGGCAGCAAAGAGCAUUGCUGAAAUGCAAGCCCCGGCUGAGGAGGAGGGGGAUAGUGAACAAGAGAGCCAAGAUGAGCAUGAGAAGCAGCGGAAGGCUGCUCUGGAGAAGUUGGAGAAAGCUAGUGAGGAUUCGUUUCUCGGCCAGCAUUUAAAGGUACUUGAUAGCUCUGUGGAGAACUUUGCUUCAGGAGCAUGGCAGGCUUUAGGAAGUGCUUUCAGAGGGGGUACCGAAUUAGUUCACAAGCUUGAGCAUUCUGCUGUGAACCUAGCAGAAUCUAUCCAGCGUGAUGGUGCUGGCUCUGUUGCACCCUCAUCAUUGUUAGAGACUGGAAAAGCUUUUACCUCAAAGGGAAUGCAAGUGCUCGAGCUAGUAGGCAAGGAAACCUUGGAUCUUCUAAUCACAGAAACUGGUACAGAAGUUGAUAAGAAUUCUAAGCACUCUGAUCUAGAAGGUGAAGAGGAUCAGUUAUAUGAGGAAGUGGGAUUUGAUCGAUGUUUCUACAUAUAUGGAGGUCCAGAACACCUGGAGGAACUUGAAGCACUGUCCAGCCAUUAUGCACUAUUAUUCAACCGAAGAAAAGGAAAAUUAUCGUCAGAGCAGAAAUAUGUCUAUGAUGGAAAGCUUAAGCUGGUUCAGCAGAUUUUCAGUCUGGACUCUGAAUUGGAUGGAAGUGGGACAGAGUCGGACAAAGGAAAAAAGAAAGAUACUGAAACUGAUGGAAAUAGUGAUGAGAUGAAAAGCUUACAUGAUUCAAGUGUCAGCAAAGCUGCUGAUAUGGCUGCUGGGUUCACGAAUGCCUUAGCAGGACUAGCUGUUAAUGAUAUAAUUCAAAGAACUACCGGCAGACUAGAGACCCUUCACUCAGAGGGUGUUCAUAGGCUCUCUGAACUUUGCUGCUCUGCAGUAUCUCAACUGCUGAUGCUUGGUAAAGCCGUCAUAUCAAAUGGAAACAAAGCUGAGGCUGAAGACGUGGAUGCUGAUUUGGGUAUUAUUGACUGGCCUGAAGAUUCUGUUGAAAAAGCAAAGAUAAUCAGAUCAAAAGCACAAACAAUGACAGGAUAUGUAGAAGCGGUGUCCAGCAGUUUCAUUACAGGCAUAUCUGAUGUUGCUGAAGCUUAUGUAGCAGCCAUAAAGGUUGCUGCAGAAUCCCAAGAAGUACUUCCACAGACAUCAAUGCAGGAAAAAGUGAAUUCCUUCUCUGAACAUCUGCGUAGUGACCAGACCACAGCUUUGAGCAAAAUCCAGGACGGGCUUCACUACUUGUCUUAUGUUGUGGUUUCAACCUCUAUGCCUGCGGCUUAAUAAACCCAGUUCCUUUGACAUGCCAUAAGCUAUGUAUUUUGAUUAGCUUUGUAAAUAGUCACAUUGGAAAGUGGGUUUGGAUUCUGAUGUUUCAAUUGUAGUGUUGUACCACUGGAUACGAGUUCAAUAUUCUUUACUAGAAUUCUAAAUUGUUAGCUA